GCGGGUUCUUCCGGGUGCCAUGCAGCAGGUUCCGCUUAGUAGCCAAGCAGGCUUGAGUGGUCCUGUGUGAUGUGCUCUCUGUCCCGCCGCUGGAUGCUGUGAAGCGCGCUAAGGCAGGCGCCGAAGUUGCGACAUGGAUGCAGUGACCUAUGAUGAUGUGCACGUGAACUUGACUCGAGAAGAAUGGGCUUUGCUGGAUCCUUCACAGAAGAGUCUCUACAAAGAUGUGAUGCUGGAGACCUACAGGAACCUCACUGCUAUAGGCUACAAUUGGGAAUACCACAAUAUUGAAGAACAUUGUCAAAGUUCUAGAAGACAUAGAAGGCAUGAAAGUCGUACUGGAGAGAAACCCUCUGAAUACACUCAAUGUGGUAAAGCCUUCACAUGUCACAGUUAUCGUCAAAGGCAUGAAAGAAUUAAUACUGGAGAGAAACCCUAUGAAGAAAAGAGACCCGAGAGCUCCGUUAUUCCUUCUACCAUGAGAACACAGCAAGAAGAUUGAAGUCAGGGAAUGGACAUCUGUGGACCUCAGCAAACACCUAACCUGGCAUCCUGACUUAGUAUUUCCAGUGUUUCUGUGCUGGAAAUUUAUGUGACUUUUUUAUAAUGUCAGACAAUCUAUGUUGGGUUCCUGAAGUGGAAAUAUGCAUGUGUCAUGCACCAUCUGCAAAGCAGUCUGCAAUGAUGUGUAGACAGCAGCUUUAUGAGUGCAAAGACCAAGGCCCACAUGGUCCUGUAGAAGUGUCCCCAAUUCCUUAUUUCUAGCUCUACUCCUUCUAUUAGCUGUCCUGCUAAAGUGGAAGGCGAUAUUUCUCUGUAACUAUAUUUUUCUUACUACUAUCUUCCGUCACCUAUUUUUUAUUUAAAUUAAAAGAGCAUUCUUUCUUCAACUUUCUAAUCAAACCAUAUAUUCUGAACUCAAAAAGAAAAAUAAAUUUAAGAUAGUAGCAUGAGACAAAUGCCUUUUUAUUACAAAGAACACCUUCCCCAAUAGGGAUCUAAUAGAACAGUCAAAUUAUGUGUUCCCUAGAAUUACGUUUAUGAGUCAGAAGCAUUAAAGAAAAGCAUUUUGCUUUCCAAAACAUAUUCUGUAUUUUACACGCACUAGUUACUGGUGCUUGUAAAAUACAGCAGAGCCAGCCUCUAAUAAGAAGUAUGUGAGGUCAAACACAAGCCAAAUUACUUCUUUUAUGUUUGAAUCCCCAAUCUUUUUUUUAGCUUUCAUGUUCUUACCCUUUCUUUGGCACUGUUUACAAUUAAUUUCAACCAUUAAUUUAAAGUGCUACCCCCACUUGAAAGCAGUCCCCUUCCCUCCCAUCUUUUUUCUUCCCUUUCUUGUCUCUUUCUUCGAUUUUUGCUCUUUUCUGCUUUUUAAAUUUUGAUACAAGAUCUCUAUAUUUAGUUUAGGCUUGUCUCAAACUCCCCACUCUUCUACCUCAGCCUCCCAAGCUAUAGAUAUGUAGACUUGCCAUACCACAUGAGUGUGUGACAACCUUUUCAUUCAAACAGAUUCUUUUCUGUAUCAGUGAUCACUUUACCUUUGUAUAAUAGGCUACACUUGACUUUCUUUCCCUCUCCGAUUAUUUUUAAAAUCUUAAUUAAUUACUUUACUUUUAUGAUUUCCUUCUAUUCCCAGGACCUCUCCUAGGAAAGAAAGAACAAGUCAUGGUGCUCCCAAACUCAGAACGACUUACAGAUAGAAAUCCCAAGUGUUUGCUGUGCCGUUCAAGGCCCUUCAAGCCAUCUGUAAGGAGCUUUUCUGCUUUCUGUUGAUGUUUUCCACUCACCUGGGGCUGCCUCCUCUGUCUGCCCAGUGCCUACAAGGAGCCCUCAGCAGCUGGCAUUCUUCACUGGCUUCUUCCUUCUUUCUUCUUCUCUGGAUUCUCUAUCCUCUAAGCCCCAGGACAUCCUGUGAUGUCUCCCAUUCUCUUGCAUUCACUGCACUCUUUUCCCUACUCUCCUACCCAACACUCCUUUUUUGUUCAGUCCUGCUGUAUGUUGGCCUGAAGCUGUUUGCAUUCUAAUGUUAAUUCUGCUUCCUGAGAGGGCUGCCCAAGGCCAGCAGUCCAUCAAGUACUUAGGUGAUCUCAGGUGAACCUUCUCCCCAUUUUUAACUGGACAAUAGAGGCUAGAGUCUGUGAUUGGGGAAAGGCGGGACUGUAGUUUCAGUAGUGGGGGAAGAGAGAAGGAGAAGAGGACAAGAGGGGAAGGAGAGAGGAUGGCAGGAGGAGGAAGCAGGAUGGAUCAGAACCGUGUGGCCAGGAGAAACCGCAAGUACGAAGGGUGUCAUAGCUGGGGAAUAAAUUAGUAUUGUGUUGUAUCUGACCAAUCUAGGCAUAUAGCUUAUAAUUCUAACAAUUGGAUUGUGUGUUUUUUAUAUGGGCUUAUUGGGGUUGGAAAUUCCAGUAACACCAUCUUUCUCAAAUUCCAGAUGUUCUUUCUUCUACCUUCCUCAAAGGAUUGUUGGUUUUUCCUAAAGGGCAGUGCCCUCUUGUUGCUUUGUAAGUCAUAGAUGUUUAAAACAUUUUUGCUAGAUCUGAAAAGUCACCAAGCAUUAUGGUUGAGAGAACUAGACCUCAACUCAGGCCACAGAAUCUUGUGGGAAUGAGAAGUUGAACUUAGGUUGCCUUAAUAAAUCAGCCUGAUCUCAUUUUUUUCCUAAACAGAAGGGUUCACAUAUGUAUUAUUGAACUAGCCUAUUAGUGUAGAAUCUUACAAAUAUGGGAAAACCCAGUAAAAAAUCCAAAUGAAACAUGCCUAUCUAUUCAAAUAGAAAUCAUCUAUUUGAAUAUAUGAGCUUAAUACCAUAUAUAGAUCAUAUUAGAUAGAUAGAUAGAUAGAUAGAUAGAUAGAUAGAUAGAUAGAUAGAUAGAUAGAUGAUAGAUAGAGACAGAGACAGAGACAGAGACAGCUUUCAUUUAAAUACAUUGAGAAUGGACUCAAGCUGGUAAUGAAUCAUAGCAGUAGAAAUUUUGUCUAUACCCAUUACCUGACAUGCAAUACCUCAUUUAUAAUACACACUGCUUACUAGAGGAACAAUGGAUAGAGGUGAAGAGAUUAUGAAGACAACAGAUCGAGGUUGUGUAAUCCCCAAAAUUAACCUGUAUGCCUCACCUGCCCAGGGACCAGGUAACUUCCUGGAAAGCUGGAAGUUGUAGUUUUUAGAAAAUAACAAAGUCCCAUGGGAAAAUAGCUGUCCUACAGGUUUGUCCUUACAAACCCCCGAAACACAUGGCUCGAGGCCAUUCUCAGCUGGGAAAUUCCAGGAAAUGGUCCUCAGCAAAGUCUAUCCCUUGGUCAAUAUUUAAUAUGUAAAGAUUUCUUUAAAUUUGGCUCAAAAUGGUGGAGCUGUUUUUUCUGGCCAACUUCAGGAUUAACAGUUGAUGUAGAAUAGUUCUGCUGCCAUCAUUACAAUUGUUAAUUUGAUUACCAAGGACACCUACGGCCAUAGGUAAGGAGUUUUGUUAUCAGGUGAAGUGAUACAAUAGGGGAGUAACCCCAAUUAAAUGACUGUAAAGGAUAACAGCCACACCCACUCCAGUGGAGUCUGUGUGACAUGAAGCUCUUAUGCUUCGUUUCUAUCCAGACAGAGGCUGUGCCUGGAAUGGCUUGGCCUCCUGGAGGUCCCUGCAGUCUCCCUACAAAUAGAUGAUGACUAGGGUCUAUGCUUGUGGUGGAGGUGCCUUCUGUGUUCUAGUCUUGGUGAUUUUAGCAAUUUUAAGCUGUCAGCAAUAUCUGAUUUUACGAAUAUAGCAGUGUGGGAAGAUGGUCAUGUACCUUUAGAUGUCUCAGGAACUGAAAGUUCAGAGACGGAAACGUCUCACACCAUCAUGAUCCUGAUAAACUCUAAGGCUGCAAUGAAUACAAAUGCUGUAUCCAUUAGCUCCCAGUAAAUGGGAGAGAAAUUAAUUACAGUUACUAAUAACAUGACCAUUCCAGAAAAGCCUUUCCCCCCUUUUGGAUAAGUUUUGUUUGUUUAACAUGAUUCAAAACAGUAACGAUUCUUUUAAAAAGAUCAUAGACAAGUUCCAACAAGUUGAACAAACUUAUCAAGAGUUAACUGUGGUUACAAAAGUUUCCUUACUAUUCUGAGGGGCCACAAAUAUAGAGUUUAAAUUUUAUUAAAACAAAGGUAAAUGAUGAAUACAUACCUGGUGCCCACAAAUCUGGCAGUAUAACUGCAGUUUUCUAAACUAUUGUUUGAGGCUGAGAAUUGUUUCCCAGACUGUACGUUCUGCUUUCCUCCUUGGUGGGGUGAUGAAUAAGAGCUGGAUGACUGCCAAUUAUGAUGCACCUGUUCUAACUGCUUAAAUCUAUGCCAAGAAGUAAAGCUUUUUGCAGCAGCACACACCUCGAGUUUGUGUCUGUCUGUCAUGCCGAAUCCGUUCUCUACCUGAAAUCCAAGCCUUGGUCCCUCUGCUGACACACUCCCCUGGGUGGU